UGAUGUGGAACGCAUCCUGUACAAUGAACUUUACUUCAGCAUCCUACUUACGUAUACUCUUAUCGAUCUUUUUCUACUCAAGUGACCCGGUCUGCAGAAAGAGUUGCAUGUUUGGUUCAAUUGCUACAUAAUGUCAACCAGUCUGUUAAAUUGUCACGUGUGGAAUGAUGUCAUCCGUAGUAUGAUUAGCUCCGCAGGUGCGUAUAUAGGGGAGCCAACUCGCUGCGAUCUUCCUCUCCUUCUACUACUACCUGUAACAAAUGUCUCAACAAACAAAAGAUACCACAACUUCACCCAGUCGCCAACAGGGACAGCAGCAGCAACAAUUCAGCAUCCUCCCUCACCCUGCUAAGUCUAAUGACCCGGCAGACCUAGUCGGGCGUGAUGCGGGUUUGACCAGCAAGCCUGAGUUCCACGCCUACCAUGCUCGGGACCCGCAUGUGCCUAGCAAGGACAUCGUCAAUAGCCUCGAAGCCCCAUUGAGUCGUGAAGAACUUCAUAAAAGGGCAGAGGAGCUAAACAAGAAGUAGGGGUCGUACUCUCAUACUCUACAAGGGGUAGUAAUGGCAGUACAUAUGGACCGAAGAUACUGCCAGUGUGUUGUGCUGCAGCCUGCGACUUACCGUAUAUCAUUUACAUAUUGAUUUUUGCCAAUGGUAGACGCCUUUCCGCGAAUAAUGUCAACCCCU